GAGCAACUGCAGGGUCAUGUUUGGCCGGCCUGGCUGGUUAGCAAUCGAAACUCAGAGCCAAGUCUCUGUGCAUAAUUAGCGGGUUAAGAAUUGUGAUUGUGGGCCCAAGUUAGCUGUAGCUCUCUGCAUGGUUCGUUAUUAUCUCCAAGGGGAUGGAGGGUAGGGUAAGGAAACUGCUCAUGGCCCCUACCUACUGUCUGGAAGAUCAAGAACUGACACAAACCUCAGUCUGAACUCAAACUGGAUUUUUGGUUUUUUUUGAGGUUUGGAAAAAUUCACAUCAAUUUCCUUUAAAGAUCCUUUUUUUUUUUUCACUCGCCUGUCCUGAUGCAAAAGGCUGAAUUCCCCUGAGAUGGCCCAUUGCCAGGACACUUGCCUGAAAUCCCCACUGGGGAAAAGACUCGUCUCACAAAGCUUUCAACACAGUUUUGAAGCCCCAGGAGGUUCAAAAGAAGGCAAUUUGACUGAUUUAUCAAACCUGUGUACUUCCAAUCUUCUUAUACGGAUCUGAAACAGGGAUGCUGCUUCAACAAGACAACAGGAGGCGUUUCAUGUGUGUUGCCAGCAGCAGCUAUUGAGCAGAAGAUGGUUUGAUUUUUAGCAGUAAUAGGGAUAUAUUAUUGAGAUGUAGCCUGGAGAGGAUUGAAGUCCUCACUGGUCAUUGCUGCCUUGUGCUUUAUGGUCAGAUACCCACCUCGGUGAUAGUCACCGCUCAUUGGGGCCUGAAGAUUGGACUUGAAGUCAACAGGGAAUUUGCCUGGCUAUGGACUGGCAGUGGCCACAUGAUUGUCCAUGAUUAACCUGGCUGCACCAGCUUGGUCCCGUGGAUGAACAGGAGCUGAGGGGGCUGAUCUCCAAAGCCAGCGCCCGCCUCUCCUGCUGCCCGCAUCUCAUCCCCUCCCGACGUGUGGGGCUUCAGAGCCAGCAAACCCCCAAUGCCUAAGAACAGCAAAGUGACGCAGCGAGAGCACAGCAGCGAGCAUGUCACCGAAUCGGUGGCCGACCUGCUGGCCCACGAGGAGCCCGUGGACUACAAGCACAGCGUCUUGAACAUGACGGGCAAGGCCUGGGACAAGCAGAAGGACGUGAAGGAAGAUCUGGACUCUGAGAAGCGGCCAGCGUGGAACAGCAAACUGCAGUACAUCCUGGCCCAGAUCGGGUACUCGGUGGGGCUGGGGAACGUCUGGCGGUUUCCAUACUUGUGUCAAAAAAACGGAGGAGGUGCCUACCUGGUCCCCUACCUUGUGCUGCUCAUCAUCAUCGGGCUCCCUCUCUUCUUCCUGGAGCUGGCCGUGGGUCAGAGAAUCCGCCGGGGCAGCAUCGGUGUGUGGAAUUACAUCUGCCCCCGCCUGGGGGGCAUUGGAUACGCCAGCUGUCUCGUCUGCUUCUUUGUCGGUCUCUAUUAUAAUGUGAUCAUCGGCUGGAGCAUCUUUUACUUUUUUAAAUCCUUCCAGUAUCCGCUCCCCUGGAGUGAGUGCCCCAUUGUUAAAAAUGGCACAAUGGCCGUGGUGGAGGCAGAAUGUGAGAAGAGCUCCGCAACCACCUACUUCUGGUACCGCGAGGCUCUGGAGAUUUCCAACUCCAUCUCAGAGAGUGGAGGGCUCAACUGGAAGAUGACCCUAUGCCUGCUGACGGCCUGGAGUGUCGUGGGAUUGGCCGUGAUCAAAGGAAUUCAGUCCUCAGGGAAGGUGAUGUACUUCAGCUCCCUCUUCCCGUAUGUGGUGCUCCUUUGCUUCCUGGUGCGGGGGCUGCUCCUGAGGGGGGCGAUAGAUGGGAUCCUGCACAUGUUCACUCCUAAGCUUGACAAGAUGCUGGACCCCCAGGUGUGGCGAGAGGCGGCCACUCAGGUCUUCUUCGCCUUGGGCCUGGGCUUUGGAGGUGUCAUCGCUUUCUCCAGCUACAACAAGCAGGACAAUAACUGCCACUUCGAUGCUACCCUUGUCUCCUUCAUCAACUUCUUCACCUCCGUGUUGGCCACCCUGGUGGUCUUUGCUGUGCUGGGGUUCAAGGCCAACAUCAUGAAUGAGAAAUGUGUGGUGGAGAACACUGAGAAGAUCCUGGGAUACCUGAACAGCCACGUCCUGAGCCACGACCUCAUCCCACCCCACGUGAACUUCUCCCAUCUCACGGCCAAGGACUACAGCGAGAUGUACCAAGUGAUCAUGACGGUGAAGGAGAAUCGCUUCAAGGAGCUGGGCUUGGACGCUUGCCUGCUAGAGGAUGAGCUCAACAAGUCAGUGCAGGGAACUGGCCUGGCCUUCAUCGCCUUCACCGAAGCCAUGACCCAUUUCCCAGCUUCUCCUUUCUGGUCUGUGAUGUUCUUCCUGAUGCUGAUAAACCUGGGGCUUGGCAGCAUGAUUGGGACUAUGGCGGGUAUCACCACCCCUAUCAUUGACACCUUCAAGGUGCGGAAGGAAGUUUUCACAGUUGGCUGUUGCAUCUUCGCCUUCUUGAUAGGCUUGAUCUUCGUGCAGCACUCGGGGAAUUACUUCGUCACCAUGUUUGACGAUUACUCCGCCACGCUGCCUCUCACGGUCGUCGUGAUCCUGGAAAACAUUGCCGUGGCCUGGAUUUAUGGCACCAAGAAAUUCAUGCAGGAACUGACAGAAAUGCUGGGCUUCCGGCCAUACAUCUUCUACUUCUACACCUGGAAGUACAUCUCUCCCCUCUGCAUGGCUGUGCUAAUGACUGCCAGCAUCAUCCAGCUCGGAGUCAACCCACCGGGAUACAGUGCUUGGAUCAGAGAGGAGGCUGCGGAGAAGUUCCUCUAUUACCCAAUGUGGGCUGUGGCCAUCCUCAUCUCUCUCAUCAUCCUGGCCACCCUCCCACUGCCCGUGGUCUUCAUCCUCCGUCAGUUUCACCUGGUGUCCGAUGGCUCCAAUGCCCUCUCCGUCACCUACAAGAAGGGCCGGAUGAUGAAGGACAUCUCCAACCUGGAGGACAAUGAUGAGACUCGCUUCAUCUUGAGCAAAGUGCCCAGCGAGACCCAGUCCCCGAUGCCCACGCACCAUUCCUACCUGGGCCCGGGAAACGCUUCCCCAAUGGAGAUGAGCAGUGCAUCCAACGGACGCUAUGGGAGUGGGUACCACUUGGCCAGCACCCCUGAAUCUGAACUGUGAUGGCCACCCGCCAGCCCUCGGCCCACCCACACCCCCAGCGCCUAGGAAAGGAGGCAACUGGGGAAUGGAUCAUGUCUGUUUGUGGAACAAAAAGAAAAAAAGAAGAAACCCUUCCUAGAAUGUUAGCAAGUAAGCAGCCACUUCCCUAUCAAGGUUGGGAAGAAGGGAUCGUGGGAGGGCGUCGGAUUUCCCUCUCGGCAAUCUCCAAUCAAAAAGGCAGGAUCCCUUGUCAGCUGCCCUUGUGAAAAAACAAAAACAAAAAACAAAACAAGAAACAAGACACUGCAAUAAAUUUGAUCGGUGCAGUUCCAGAGAGAGAAAAUUGGAGACCAAACCAAGCAUCUCCUGAUUUCCAAGCAUCGGGAGUUCAGAAAAGGGAUACAAAAUGAGGCGACAGCCAAAGACGUUUCCUCUUAUAACCUGGAGUUAUUCCCCCUCCUCUUGUUUUCCUCUAGUUAGGAGAAGAGAUGGCUCUUAUUCCACUGGUCACAUUGGACCACCCAUGUUCAUAGCCCGAUGGACAGCCAUCUCCUGAUGGGGUUUUCGCUGGGGUGGUGAUUGUGGCACCUCCUUUGGUUUUGUAGCUCUGGAGACACCCAAAGAGCUCAGCUUUAGUGGACAUUUCUUACCCAGCGGAGACGCAUCUUGAGUGGACAACACUUUACAGUGAGCGGCAGCGACUAGCUGAUCCUUUGGUAUCUGUUGUGUUACUAUAGAUGUUGGUUUGAUGCACAUGGGAAAUAUGCCCAUGUGUCAUGUCAGGGUGGGGUGGAAUCUCAUUCUAAACUGAGCUGCAAUGAGCACACCCACUUAUUAUACAGUGUUACUCCAUCCAAAGUGGCACAGGACCUCCGGUGCAACCACGAUUUCAGGUGUGUGAGCAUGUGCCAUGUCCAUAGGCCAGAAUUUGAGCAGGGUUACACGGGUGUAGAUCAGGGGUGACCCCUGGAGUCAUUCCUGAUUUUCAGCUGGGUAACUGUGAGCAAGCUCCAGCCCCAGGAUUUUCAUUUUCAAUGCACUGUGUGAAAGAAACCCCCUGGCCUGAUGAAUGGUAUACCCUAGCCCUCCUAGAUACAGAGAUGAGUGGAGAGAAGCUGGGGUUAUUGGAUUCUGAUUUCAAUCUUAGGCUAGCUUUUGGAGGAAAUAGACCUCCAUGAUCUAAAUUCCACCCUUAUUCAGAGUGGUAUCAUCUGCGUGUAAUGGAAGCUGACUGUGUGUGUUUCUUCCAUGCAUCUACAAGCAAGGCUCUAAAUUCCUCCCCGGUGUAUCUCCAUAGACGUCAGUGGCCUCCAGCAGGGGGGUAGUUGGCUCAGAGGCUCCGUGCCGAGUUUGCAGCAGCUGAGCUGUGCACUCUGUGUUACGGAGUCUCCUGUAGGUUAGUGCCAGGUCUUGGCAUUUCUGGUGGCGAGCCCCUGUCUGUCACACCCAUCCAUGAGACUUAGGGCUUGUAUAGGGGCAGUAAUUGUGGGUCUCUCCCAUCCAUCUGAGGGAGGUUAGGAUCUAUCUUGUGGCAGGGAGGGCCUCUCCUGGUGGGCAGGGUCUCCUUGGGAGCAGAGAGAGUCAUUACCCACAUCCAUUUGUGGGUCUCAGUGGGGCAGCAAGUUUUAUUGAUCCUGUUUCCCGUAUCCCUCUGGGAUAGGGGAAGCUGCUGUCUCAUCAGCUCACAAACUGCUGGCAUCCAACCAGUUCACUGAGAUCUUAAAGACUUGAGUCCAUUUUUAACCUGCCCUUCCUUAUGCCUUGUACUUAGCGCCAGCUCGAUGGUAUUUCAUGCCAGCGCAUAGGCCAGGGUGAUCUCCCCUUGUCCUUGCAAGGGCUGGGAGACCUUCUCCCCUCUCAUCCUUUGCUUUCCCCUCUGCUGAGGGUCGAUCCCCUCUUGGGUAAACAUGGGAAGACCGAAGGAUGGGUGAAAAGCCCUGGAGCUUUCUGCUGCUUCAUUCGUUUCCAUUAGCACUGUUUCCACGCAUAGGUCCAUCUCUUUUGAGACUUCCCUCAUGCAACCUGUGAGCCUUUAAAUAAUAACCCUUGGCCCUUCUAUUACCUGUCAUCCAAGGGUCUGGAAGCACUUCAAGAACAUUAAUUGAGCCCCGGAGUAGCCAUUUUACAGGUGGGGAAACUGAGGCACAGACUGGGCCUUGGUUACCAUGUGAAGCAGUGGCACUGCUCGGAAUCAAACCCAUGACACCCGAUUCCCUAUCCCUGUGCUAAAAAUUGGGCCUUCUCCCCUGGCUACCCGUGGGGCUUUUCCAAGGUAAGGUCACAUGACUCAGCAACCACAGGCAAGGGAUACCUACCUCUCCCUUGCAAUCUUCUGGGUUCGAUACAGUGUGGCCAUAUUUUGUGCACCAGUGUGGCGUUCAGUUAGGGUGACUUACGUACCCUGGGGCGGAACAACGCGUAGCUGGAGAGACAACUAGCAAGCGGGUCUAUGAUGAAGUAGAACAACCUCCUCCUUUAUUUUAUGCUCUCAACCCUCUCCUAAUAUACUGGGGUCAUAUUCAGGCUUAAGUGGAUACAGCUUCAAUUGCUUUCAAUGGAAGCUACACCUGCUCACAUCAGAGCUGAAUGAGGUCCGCAAAGAAUGCCAAACAGGCCCGAUUCAGAUCCGACAGUGCUUUUAUCCUGGUGUAACUCCAUUGAUGCCAGUGCAGACACUCCUGAUCUGCACUGGUGUAGAUGAGAUCAGAAUUGGGUCCAAUGGGCCAAAUCCAUGUGGUGUAAAGUAGUGUAGCUCCACUGUUACUCCAGUUUACACCAGCUGGAGAGCUUGCCCCAGGGGGGUAAGUUACACUGGCUUUGCUUGCUCACUGGUCCCCCCUCUGAUCCCUCCACCCCCAUUGAAAGCGAUUUUCCCCUGCCUCUGGGUUAGGAUGUUAGCCUACGAUAUGGGAGACAGACCUUAAUUCCUUGCGCUGCCACAGAUAUCUUGUGGGACCUUAGGCAAGUCCCUCAGGCCCCGAUCCUGGAAGGUAUUUGGGCCCCCAACUCCCAUUGCAAUCAACCGAAAUACCUUUCAGGAUCUGGGCCUUUGUCUCCCUGUGCCUCAAUUCUCCCGCAGUGACAGCACGGCUCUGCCUUGCUGGGGGUUGAGCAUCAACACACAUACAAAAGAUUGUGACGUGCUCAGCUACUACACUAGUGGGGUAUACGCACUGCAGCUAGACAGAGAGCGUGAGAUGCAAAUCAGGCCCACCUCCACCCGUUUGCACCCAAUGAGUCCCAAACA